GCAGCCUAUUUAGUGGCUAUUUAUCCAGUAUUUACCCAGAGCUUCUUCCGCAGGGAUUCUCUACCGGCCUACUAGCCGACCCGUGGAACGGAGCUGUCUCUUCCCCACAUCUUCAAUCCGAAUCGAAUCCACUUGUCUCCAUCCGGAGAUAUAAAGACCCCGCCUCCCUCUCCAGAUAUUCCCCAAAAUCACCCACUCAACAUACAAAUCCGACAUGAGAAUCCUCAUCACCGGCGGCUCCGGCAAAGCUGGCCAGAGUCUCAUCACCCACCUCCUCUCCCAGAACCACUCUCUCCUCAACCUCGACCUUGCGCCCCUCCCCGACCCCCUCUCAUCCAAAGUCCACACCAUCCGCAUCGACCUCACCGACGCCGGCCAAGUCUUCUCCGCCAUGCACUCGCACUUCACCUUCUCCGAGCCCUUCCACGAACCCACCACCGCCGUCCCAGACGCCGUGAUUCACCUCGCCGGCUACGCCCGCAACAUGAUGGUCCCCGACAACGAGACCUUCCGCGGAAACGUCCUCUCGACGUAUAACAUCCUCGAAGCGGCGUGUCGCGCGGGGGUAAAGAAGAUCUUGCUCGCGGGGUCGAUCUGCACAUAUGGUGUUACGUAUGCGGAUGGAGAUGUGGACUUUCCCAGUUUCCCGGUGACCGAGACCACGGAUACGCAUCCGAUGGAUGUGUAUGGGAUGUCGAAGGUAGCGAGCGAGAAUGUCGCGAGGAGCUUUGCCAGACGGUUUAAGAACAAUGUCUAUGUGUUUAGGCUAGGGGCGAUUAUUACGGAGGAUGAGUUUCAAGGGAAGUUUCGCGCGUAUGUGGAUCGGCCCGGGGAUUUCAAGGUGCAUGGGUGGUCGUAUACGGAUGCCGGGGAUAUGGGGAGGAUGUUUGAGGCCGGGUUGAGGACGGAUGGGCUGGGGUUUCAGGUUUUUAAUGCGGUUAAUGAUGAGAUUACGAAUGAUUGUGAGACGGGGGAGUUUUUGCGGAAGCAUUGUCCGAAUGUCCCGGUUACGAGGGAGUUGGUGGGGAGGGAGGCGCCGAUCAGUAAUGCGAAGAUGAGGGAGUUGUUGGGGUUUAGGCAGGCGGUAUCGUGGCGGGACAGGUUUGUGAGGGAGUAGAUAUCGGGUUCGGUGUGUAUAUAGUUGUUUCCUUGUGGGGGUGGUGAUGCC